ACGCAAAUGAUAAUUCUAUUGUGACUCUGACUCCUUUACAGCAAGUACAGUAUGUUUGUAAUUUGCCUUACUUGUAUGUCAGCUUGGACAAAAGUUUCUGCCAAAUAAAGUAAAUGUUAAUGUAUUAUCUCUGCAGAUCCACAUGUCCAUAGUCUGAUAUCUACUGAAAGUUAAGAAAUAAUCACAGGCUCCGUUUAUGCACCACUAGAUGGUAGCCAAGAGAAAGGGAUUUCCUGUCAGUUAGGGUUGACUGGAUUCUGCUCUAAAUUUGAAGACAUUUCCAUUAGUGUUGGAUCAGGCACAAGAAGGCCUAGUCUGCAGUCGCCCCUGACCUGCCCCCCCCCACCAACCCUCGAGGCCGCGUGACGCCUGCAGACGUUUCAUAAAGGGGGGAGCCACCGUCCAUGCUUAGAGCCCUGUGUCCCUCAUGGCCGCUCUGGACCUCCCCGCUGGGGUGCUGCUCUCGCUGUUGGCGCUGCUGGCGGCGCUGCUGUUUGUGCCCCUGUGCCGUCGCCGCUGCCCCACCGCACCGCACCUGCCCUGCCUUCCUUCUCUGCCCGUGCUGGGCAGCCUGCUGAGCCUGAGGGGCCGGGGGCCCCCCCACCUGCUCUACGCUGAGCUGGCACGGGACCACGGCGCGUUGUUUGCCCUCUAUCUGGGGCCGCACUACACUGUCGUGGUGAACGACUUCAGGCACGCCAGGGAGGUGCUCCUGCAGCGCGGCAAGGACUUUGCUGGCAGGCCAAAGAUGGUCACCACGGAGCUGCUGAGUCGGGGGGGGAAAGACAUUGCCUUUGCCGACUAUAGCCCUCUAUGGAAGAGCCACCGCAAGCUGGUGCACUCGUGCUUCGCCAUGUUUGGAGAGGGGAGCAGCAAGCUGCAGGCCAUUGUAUGUGAAGAGGCUGCUAGCCUGUGUGCAGACCUGCUGGCGAAGACAGGCCAGCCACUGGACCUCGGGCUGGCCCUGAUGCGAGCCGUCACCAAUGUGGUGUGUACGCUCGUGUUUAGCUCCACCUACCAGCCCCAGGAUCCCGAGCUCCACAGAGUCAUGGACUACAACAGGGGCAUUGUGCAGACCAUUGCUUGUGGAGGAUUGGUGGACAUCUUCCCCUGGCUCAAGAUUUUCCCUAAUAAAGAUGUGAUGAAACUGAAGAAGUGCAUUGGUGUCAGAGAUGAGCUGCUGAACAGGAAACUGAGGGAGCACAAGGAGAGCUACAGCCCUGAGGUUACGCGUGACCUGCUGGAUGCGCUCCUGAAAGGCCAACAAGGCGCAAGGGACGAGUUCCGGAUCACUGAUGACCAUGUCCUCAUGACUGCGGCAGAUGUGUUUGGGGCUGGUGUGGAGACCACCUCCACAACUUUACUGUGGAUGAUCGCCUUCUUACUACACUACCCCGAGGUGCAGGAGCGAAUCCAGCAGGAGCUGGAUGAGCAGAUCGGGUUGGACCGCUCCCCCACACUGGAAGACCGUGGCCGGCUGCCUUACCUGGAGAGCACCCUGUGCGAGGUGAUGAGGAUCCGGCCUGUCAGCCCAGUUCUUAUCCCACAUGUGGCUCUGCAGGACACCAGCAUUGGAGUACACCACAUUCCCAAGGGUACACAUGUGUUGGUCAACAUGUGGUCCAUCCACCAUGACCCACAGAGGUGGGGAGACCCUGGCAGGUUCAGGCCAGAACGAUUCCUGGACAAUGAGGGCCGGCGCGUCUCUCCACCCUGGUUCCUCCCAUUUGGGGCAGGGCCACGGGUCUGCGUGGGCGAGUCGCUGGCCAAACUGGAGCUCUUCCUGUUUAGUAGCUGGCUGCUGCAGCACUUUGCCUUCACCGUCCCACAGGGUGCACCCCUGCCAGACCUCCAGGGCCGAUUUGGUGUCGUGCUACAGCCACAGGACUACAUAGUCUCAGUCACCCCCCGUUUUGGGAAAGACUCUGACCCUCCAGAGAUCAGGGAGGUAAAACCUGAUCCACAGUGAAAAAGCAUUAGCAAAGAAACACACUCCCUGUGACAUUACUGCUGAUGUCUCUGUAAGCAGCAAAAGUGUGAUCUAAAUAUAAAAACAAAAGUAACAACAAGACUCUUGAUGGUUAUUGAAAUAACUGCAUUUCAUCAUGACCCUGACAUAUUCUGGGCAAAUCCACAGGGUCCCUUGUGAGCAGUAAUGACUGACAGGUAAGUCACAAACCAAUUAGAUAAAACAUAAAGACCACCCUUAUGUGAAGCAAAUUUUGUUGACUAUCUCAUAAAAAAAGAUCUGGGACAUAUUAACUAACAUUUGGUACUCAUAAUUGAAACAUUGAAUGCAGAAGAAAUGGACAGGAGUGAAGACCUGAUUUUGACAAUGGUCAAAUCAUUUUGGUCAGAUGACUGGGUCAGAGCAUCUCCGAAAACGUAAGUGUUCAUUGUCAGCUGUGGUGAAUGCCUACCAACAGUAAUCUGAGGAGGGAAAAUCCACAAUCCACAGACAGGGUGUUGGUGAUAUUUGUCGAUGCGAGAUGUGAGCGAAGGCUAUCCUGUGCGGUAUGAACCAACAGAAUGG